AUGGAACCUAAUCCGCAGAAGGAACACAGUCCUACUUCUGCCGAAGGAGCCAAUCUAAAUAAUUCAGCGACUAAAUCACUGCCAAUACCGCCAACGACAUCGCUUGUAUCCGUACCAAGCUUGAUUCCCUCAUCAAACGGAUCCAACAUCAUGACGGCUGCUGGUGCGAAUGGCUCCACCCCUUCUCCUGUUAUACCUCCCGCAACUGCUCCUUCUCAUCCACUGAUGUCUUCCACGACAUCCACCAUACAAAACGAACCUUCUCCUGCAACACAACCAUCAAUCCAACCUCAUCCAACUUCAACAAUGAUCGCACCAGCCAUCCCAUCUACUACCGCUGCUUCUACUGCCGCCACUGCUGCAUUAUUAGCUAGUGCUCCACCCACUUCUGCGGGAAUGGAUUUUGCUACCGGAUCUACUCAGUAUCGACCCCUAAAUGUCAAGGACGCACUGUCAUACCUGGAUCAAGUAAAGAAUCAGUUUGGUGAUCAGCCCGACGUCUACAACCGAUUUCUGGAUAUUAUGAAGGAAUUUAAAUCACAGUCAAUCGAUACACCUGGCGUCAUCAAUCGUGUAUCCACUCUAUUUAGAGGCCAUCCAAACUUGAUAACGGGAUUUAAUACCUUCCUACCGCCGGGAUAUCGUAUAGAAGCAACAAACGAUCCCCUAAAUCCAAUCCGUGUCACGACGCCACCAGAUAGUGAAGCACUCAUGUAUGGAAUGAUGCCUCAUGCAUCAUCCACAUCGUCAACAACAGCAGUACCAAGUAGCGGUGCUCCUACAACGUACUAUACACCAUCGUCAGCUCCAGCAACGGCUUGGGGUGCAUAUGCAACUAUACCGAAUAAUAGUAAUAGUAGUGUCGUACCUCCUCCACCUCCACCACAGCCUGUACAAGUUGUGGCAGCACCACCAUCUGUAGCUCCUCCUGCUCAGUCUCAUCCGUUACCAGCAAUAGCUCCCGCACAUCCACCACCUCGAAACUUGUUGGGUAUUAGUGGAGCAACUGCUAUAACAAUACCGGCUCCUCCUAUCGGUGCAAAUGUCCCUGGAAGAGCUCCUAUGGAAUUCAAUCAUGCAAUCACCUAUGUCAACAAGAUUAUGAAUCGAUUUGCUGGUGAGCGAGAGACGUACAAGCAGUUCUUGGAAAUUCUGCAGACGUAUCAAAAGGAACAAAAGCCCAUUCAAGAGGUCUAUCAACAGAUUGCUAUCUUGUUCAAGGAUCAUAAGGACUUGCUAGAUGAGUUUAAACUGUUUUUGCCUGAGACAGUCCCAAAUAAUCGCAAUGCUCAAGCUGCUAAUGGCUAG